AAUGAAGGGUUUUACAUUCAUAAUUUACCUUCAUUUUGGAAAGCGUUUUACAUUGAUAAUUUACCUUCCAUGAAAAGCUCAGAUGAGAGUUUGACCACAGGUCUUAUUAAUACUCGUCUGAACAAACUCUUGUCCCUAAGGACGAAAGAAGAAGAGACCUUCUGAGAUAGAGACAUCCAUAUGAAUUCAAUGCUGCUUGUUCGUACUGCGACGGUCGCUCUUCUUCUAAUCGCGUUUCUGCAAAACGCUAAUGCUGAGAAAAAUCAGCAAAGUAUUGUUGCGUAUCACGGUGCGGUUGCGACGGACGAUGGGCGGUGUUCUGAAAUCGGGACGAAUGUUCUUCGUCAAGGAGGAAACGCGAUUGAUGCGUCGGUGGCUGCUGCUCUUUGUUUGGGCGUUGUCAGUCCCGCGUCUAGCGGUGUAGGCGGUGGAGCGUUUAUAGUAAUCAAACUCGCUAAUGGCGAAGAAAUAGCUUAUGAUUCUAGAGAAACCGCUCCUCUAAGCGCCUCUGAGAAUAUGUAUGGUGGUAAUCCUGAGCAAAAGAAGAAAGGAGCCUUAUCAGUAGCCGUUCCCGGGGAAGUCGCUGGUCUAUUCACGGCUUGGACAAAACACGGGAAGUUACCAUGGAAGCAGUUAGUGGAACCCGCAGAGAAACUUGCAGCUGAAGGUUUCGAGAUUUCAAAAUAUCUCUAUAUGCAGAUGAACGCGACUAGAAGCGAUAUCUUAGCAGACAAAGGUCUCUCUGAGCUUUUUGUUUCAAAUGGAGAGCUCAAGAAACCAGGGACGAUUUUCCAGAACCCAAAAUUGGCUUUUACACUAAGCCAAAUCGCUGAAUACGGUCCAAAAGCGUUUUACAAUGGCACGGUUGGGGCUAACCUAGUGAGUGAUAUACAAAAAUCAGGAGGAAUAAUCACUUUGAAAGAUUUGCAGAAUUACAACGUUAAGGUUAAAGAACCAUUAUCUGCGGAUAUUCUUGGAUACCGAUUACUCGGCAUGCCUCCUCCUUCAUCUGGUGGCCCUGCAAUGAUGCUUAUUUUGAACAUUCUUGCUCAAUAUGGUAUUCCAUAUGGUGUUCACGGCGCCCUCGGUGUUCAUCGACUAGUUGAGGCUCUCAAACAUGCAUUCGCGGUAAGAAUGAACCUCGGGGAUCCAGAUUUCGUCCCUGAUGUUACCAAGGUUGUUUCAGAUAUGUUGUCUCCAAAGUUUGCGCAAGACUUGAAGAGCAAGAUAAACGAUGAGAAGACCUUUGGUCCAAAAUUUUACGGUGGCAAAUGGAAUCAGAUAAAGGAUCAUGGGACGAGCCAUUUAUCGAUAAUAGAUUCGGAGAGAAAUGCUGUUUCAAUGACUACUACAAUCAACGGAUACUUUGGGGCAAUAAUGCUGUCUCCGAGCACUGGAAUUGUUCUAAACAACGAAAUGGACGAUUUCUCGAUCCCAAUGAAAUCCGGAGGUGGCCCAGAUGUGCCGCCACCGGCACCAGCUAACUUCAUCCGUCCGGGGAAACGACCUUUGUCAUCUAUGACUCCCACCAUUGUACUCAAGGACGGUAAAGUGAAAGCAGCACUGGGUGCGAGCGGAGGAAUGUUCAUCAUCGCCGGUACAACAGAAGUUUACUUGAAUCAUUUCUUCCUCAACAUGGAUCCUCUCUCUUCCGUUGUUGCUCCAAGAAUCUACCACCAGCUGAUACCGAACAAAGCUUCGUAUGAGAAUUGGACGACAGUGUAUAAUGACCAUUUUGAGAUUCCUGAAGAGACAAGACUUGUGUUGGAGAAGAAAGGCCAUGUCCUAAUGCCGAUUGCCGGAGGGACGAUUUCUCAGUUCAUAGUUGAAGAAUCCGAUGGAAGCUCCGGUGGAAUGAGUAAGCUUGUGGCGGUCAGUGAUCCAAGGAAAGGAGGGUUCCCUUCAGGAUAUUGAAAUUUGGAUUUGACUUUGUUUUCCAUUAUAUAUAAUCAUCGAACUUGUGAUGACUAUUAACCUUUUAUUCGAUGAAUAAAAAAAACAAUAAUAAUUUUUUUUCUGCGAUAA